UAUUCACUAUUCACAUUUCACAGUAAUUCACAGAAUCACAGAGCAUUAAAUUUAGGGCUUUUUUCCACUGAAAUAUAAUAAAAUAGUAUAUUUCGUUAAGGCAUGUGGCCACUAGCAGUGUUGGAUUUGGAGUUUGGACUGCUGCAAUUAUCAUUUUAUACAAGUGCGUGCGCAAUGAAUGGAAUAAACCAAACCCCAGUAUCGUGUAUUCCUGUUGGAAAAAUGUCAAAAGCUAAAAAAGUCCUCGAUGAAGCUCGGGAAUUACAAAAUUCAGAAUUGGAUUUGGCAGAUAAAAAUAUACCAACAUUUGAAGAAUUACCAGGUUUAUUGUACAUGGUCAAUGUUACAAGACUGACUUUAAGCCAUAACAAAAUUCAAAGUGUUCCACCUGGUCUUGCAAAUUUAGUCAAUUUAGAAAUUUUAAAUUUAUUCAAUAAUCAAAUUACUGAAUUACCAAUUUCGUUAUCUCAAAUGCCAAAACUAAGAAUACUCAAUGUUGGAAUGAAUAAAUUGGAUGCUCUCCCUCGUGGAUUCGGAGCAUUUCCAGUUCUCGAAGUACUCGAUUUGACCUACAAUAAUUUAAAUGAAAAAAAUUUACCUGGAAAUUUCUUUAUGAUGGAAACCUUGAGAGCUCUCUAUCUCGCUGACAACGAUUUUGAAUAUUUACCACCAGAAGUUGGAAAUCUUAAAAAUCUCCAGAUCUUGGUUUUACGUGAGAAUGAUUUAAUUGAACUUCCACGAGAAAUUGGAGACUUGAAUCGUUUACGUGAGCUUCACAUUCAAGGAAAUCGUUUAACCGUUUUACCACCAGAAAUUGGGAACAUCGAUCUUAUUAGCAAUAAAGCUGUAUUUCGAAUGGAAUUUAAUCCAUGGGUAACACCAAUUGGUGAUCAAUUACAAGUUGGUAUAUCACAUGUUAUGGAUUACAUUCGUUCAGAAACAUACAAAUACGAAUUCAGGCAAAUUGCCCUGUAUUGAAACAUAAUUUCCAAUUGGGCUUGAGGUCAGAUAUUCCAUACUUUUUCGGCUCACUGUUUUCUACCACCGGACUCAACUUAACUGGCCACAUUUUUAAGGCAUGUCCAACGCCGGUUUUAGAGUGUUGUGGAGGGGAGAAUGUCCUAUCUAUUUUAUAUUACAAGAAAUGCACUGCCAACCCCAAAAAAAUAAUUUUUUUUUUUUUAAAUCAAUCAUAACACGUUAUUUUUACCAUAUUUGACCUUAUUUCACAAUAAAAAAAUGUUUAUUAUCUUAUUUUAUUUAAAUUUAUUUAUCCAAAAUAUCAUUUACUAUAAAUUAAAAAUUAUGUUGAAAUUUAAUGUUGGCCAACUUGAAUAUAGAGUGAGACUGGCAGAAGAGAUCACGGCAAUUACGUGUCUGUGUGACCACACAUGCAAACUUCUUCUGUCAGUUUUACUCUAUGUUCAAACUAUGCCGACAAUAAUAUGUCAAAAUUCCUAAUUUUCGCGUCUAUUUUUAUUUAUUAAAAAAAACCCACCGACAAAACUUUUUUCAUAUACGGCUCAAAAUUUUCGUCUUUUUUCAUUUUAUAAUAUAUCAGUUUUUCGAAAUAGUCUCUGUAUUUUUUCAUAUAGUUUCUAACCAGGUUUGUGUGAAGUGUACUCGGCUGGCCAUAAGAGCCUAUGUAUAACCUCCUUCGAAAAUGUCAACUUUAUUAAUUAAUUUAAGAAAAACCACCGACAAAAAAAUUAUAAAAAAAUUAGAGAUUGUGUAUUAUUACAUAAAUAAUCUACUGUCGAAAUUUCAAAAACUUCUCUGUAUUUUCGUUCCGCGUUGGACAUGCCU